CGGGAAGAAAUGUUUGAACGUGCGUGUUUUGUAUCUCAGCUUAUGGCUGUAUCUGUAAGCAUUGCGAAACAAGCUGGUAAGAUUAUCAAGCAGUGGGCUCUCUCUGGUACUGGCAAAUCAUAUUAUAAGGGACCUGUCAGUUUACAAGAUUUGUAUACGGAUGCUGAUAUUGCUGCACAAGAUUGUAUUAUUUCGUCGUUAUACAAACGUUUUGGAAAUAGUCUUAAAAUCAUAGGAGAAGAAAGCAAAACGUUGGCUGAGAAAACAGUAGUAGAUGAUUUUGAUGUGGAUGUACUGGAAUUCGAUAACGAAUGCAGUGCAGCAAUGCGUCUGAUAACAUCUGAUGACGUUGUAGUGUGGGUUGAUCCGUUGGAUGGAACGUACGAAUUGGUUGCUGCAGAAGGCAGCGUAUCCCGCCAGCAGGAGGUUACUGUCCUCAUUGGUGUAUCAUAUCAAGGGCGCCCCAUCGCUGGUGUUAUACAUCAACCGUUUUGGGGUGCUGAUGCAACAGGUCGCACAAUUUGGGCCAUCGAAGGAAUGAAGGUUCAUGGCAUUGAAAUUGCCAAAAAUAACCAUGAGCGGUAUGUUGUCACAAGUCGAAGUCAUUCUACUCCUCAAGUGCGCGAUACAUUGAGUGUUUUAAAAGAAAAGAAUUUAAUAACGGAUAUCAAAUUAUUUGGUGGAGUUGGCUUCAAGGUUUUGAAAUGCUUGGAAGGAGCUGCUGCUUACAUUUUUGCUAGUGCUGGUUGUAAAAAAUGGGAUACCUGUGCUCCGGAAGCAGUAAUUACUGCGUCAGGUGCAUUUUUUUUUGUUAGAAAUUAUUUAGAUGAAUUUUUGGACUCUAUCCCCGAAAGCAUAAAAAUACUCCUGCCUGAAACGGUUGCCAAAUAA